AUGUCGUGCAUGCAGCAGCCUAAGGAAAGAGAAAGCCCUGGGCAGCAGCCCCAUGUAGUGUGUUUUCAGCCCUACUCAGCGCUGGCAGUGCGGGAAAGCGUGGGGCAGCUCCAGCCAGCGCUGGUCCUCCCCAACACUUCAAAUGACACCAGUCCAACCGGGGAGCCCGAGCCAUUCCUGUACGUUUUAGGACGAAGGAAAAUGAAGGAUGCCGAGUCCAAGUGCUACAAGCGCAUGCAGCUGCUGCCCCCCUACCAAGGAGAAGGUCUGUUUUGCAACCGCACCUGGGACGGAUGGCUGUGUUGGGAUGACACACCGGCUGGGGUGACGUCCCACCAGCACUGCCCCGACUACUUUCCGGACUUCGACCCCACAGAAAAGGCUUCAAAAUACUGUGGCGAAAACGGAAUUUGGUUUGAAGAUCCUGAGAGGAAUAAGACCUCGACUAACUAUAGCAUGUGCAAUGCUUUCAGUGCUGAGAAGCUGAAGAACGCUUACAUUCUGUACUACCUGGCUAUCGUGGGCCACUCUGCUUCUCUUUCCACUUUGUCGGUUUCACUGGGAAUUUUCAUGUGGUUCAAGAGCCUCAGCUGCCAGCGGGUGACCAUACACAAGCACAUGUUUCUGACCUACAUCCUGAAUUCCAUCACUGUCCUCAUUCACCUGAUUAAAGUGGUGCCCAACGAGGAAUUCGUGAGCAUGGAUCCGCUGAGCUGCAAGGUUUUGCACUUUAUCAACCACUACCUGAUGUCCUGCAAUUACUUCUGGAUGCUGUGUGAGGGGAUCUAUCUGCACACACUCAUUGUGGUGACCGUGUUCACUGAGAAGCAAAACAUGAAGUGGUACUAUCUCUUGGGCUGGGGGUUCCCCAUGGUGCCAACUAUCAUCCAUGCCGUUACCAGGACCCUGUACUUCAAUGACAACUGCUGGCUGAGCGCGGAGACCCACCUGCUGUACAUCAUCCACGGCCCCGUCAUGGCAGCACUGGUGGUCAACUUCUUCUUUCUGCUCAACAUCAUCCGUGUGCUCGUGAAGAAGAUGAAGGAAGCCCAGCAGCCCGACUCGUACAUGUACCUGAAGGCGGUGAAGGCCACUCUGUUCCUGGUGCCCCUGCUGGGAGCGCAGUUCGUCGUGUUUCCCUGGAGGCCCAACAACAAGGUGCUUGCCCAGAUCUACGACUACCUGAUGCACUCUCUGAUUCACUUCCAGGGAUUCUUCGUUGCCGUGAUUUACUGCUUCUACAACAGCAACGUCCAGGCCACCUUGCAGCGCCAGUGGAUCCAAUGUAGUAUCGAAUGCGACCAGCGCUACGGGCGCCGCAGCAACAGGCGCCCCAACAACAGGCGCCCCGACUUCAAUGCUGCCGCCGCCGCCGCUGCCGCCGCUGCCGCUGCUGCCGCAGCUGCCGCCGCCGCUGCCGCAGAGGCUGAGGUUGAGCCUGGCAGUGGUCUCCCCAUUUACAUCUGCCACCAGGAGCCCAGGAACCUCAUCGUUACCAUCAGCCCUGCCGAGGAGAAUUCUGAGUUUAUCCCUAUGGAAGUGGUAGAAGUGGUGGAAGUGGUGGAAGAGGAGACCAGCGCUUAA